AUGCUAGAGUUUCCGGUCAACCAACCUUUUAACUUUACAAAGGCCAAUGGAGUUGCCCACUGGGGUCGAACAAAGAAGAAGACAGCGAUCAACAAGACUUCAUUGAGUGGCAAUGUCUAUCCUGCCUCAGCUCCAUUUGUGGCUGCUUCGAGUGUCCCCUCUUGGAACCCUCAGUACCCAUGGAUCCUCAAUGCCAAUCUCACUGUCGCCGAGGCCGAGAUGUUGGCUAGCCACCUAGAGCAGCAGAGACUGAUUUGGCUGUGGAACCGUGAGGUGUGGACUCAGCACACGGGCUAUAACCUGUCAGGAUGGAAUGCGAGCGUUGGGGACGAGGGCUGGGGAAACCACAACAACAAUGAUUAG